AAUUUUUUGAGCGUUUAUUAGAGGUUUUGAAGGAGUCGAAUCUCUUUAUGUUGUGGGUCAAUGGGGAAGAUGAGUAGGAAACUUCCCAGUAGGCACAGACCAUGCUUCACAUGGCUACCCCACAUUGCUCUAAAUUCAGUCUGGUUUUUCACUAGUCUUCCGUAUCCAACUUCCAAGUCAACUGGCGUGUUAAUCAGAGAAACUACAUGUCAUAUAGUGAAGAAACGAGAAAAUAAAUCAUACAAAUAUGUUGUUUUAGUUUUAGAAUAAUAGAAGAGAACUUUGGAAAUGGCUUCUGUCUCUCUGUUUGUUUUUUUGGUUCUCUCCCUCCUCAUGCUGCUUCUCUCAGCUGAAGAAAAGGGAAAGCGAGGACGCCCAUCUUGUUUGCCCUUUCAAUAUUGUGAGAAUUUAGGUGACAUUUACUUCCCAUUCACUAAAAGCCCACACCCAUUUUGUGGUUUAUUGAAAGUAGAGUGUGACCCUGACGAAAAACGUCCGACGAUCCACUUUAGAGUCCCGGGGAGUGAAAGACCAUAUGAAGUUAUAAACAUCUCUUACACCACACAACAAAUCAGUAUCAGGGACCCUUGGUUUUCGGAAGAUGGGGAUACCAAUAAUUGCAAUUACUUAGACAAGUUUGCUUCAACCAACUCUCCAUUUAUCUCUUUUAAACUCAACACAACCAAUCAGAGACUAUUUAAAUGCAAUCACACUCCUGAUUCUACUUCCCAUAAAGAGAAACUGAAUUUAAGUGCUGAGUUCGUCCUUGAAUGGCAUGUAUCUGAUGAUUGUAGCCGUUGUGAUGAUAAAGGAGGUCUAUGUAAUCAUGAUCUCGAUGGCAAUUUUUAUUGUCACUUAGAUCAAAAAGAGAAUAAAAACAACAACAAAGUGGUGAUACUGUUAGCUGUUGGAUGCGCAGUCUUCUUCAAGAGUACCUUGUUCUUUAUUAUCUGGCACCUUUACAAGAAAAAGUAUCCUUCUUCAAACUUGCUAGCAAGGAAUACAUAUUCUGAUCCAUCCUCAAGAUCAGAAGUGGAGGGGUGGAGUAUCUACUUUGGAGUCCCUGUUUUCUCCUACAAUGAACUUGAAAAAGCCACCAAUAAUUUUCAUGUUGAAAAAGAACUUGGGAAUGGAGGAUUCGGAACUGUUUAUCAUGGCAAACUCCAGGAUGGAAGGGAAGUUGCAGUCAAGCGCUUAUAUAGGCCCAACUAUAGACGAGUAGAGCAGUUCAUCAAUGAAGUUGAAAUCCUUACACGAUUGCGCCACAAGAAUCUUGUCUCCCUUUAUGGCUGCACUUCACGCCACAGCCGUGAACUUCUUCUUGUGUAUGAAUACAUUCCCAAUGGCACCGUUGCUGAUCAUAUUCAUGGCCAUCAAGCUACACCAGGUUCACUCACAUGGCCAACUCGUAUGAGCAUUGCUAUAGAAACUGCUAGUGCAUUGGCUUACCUUCAUGCUUCUGACAUCAUACACCGCGACGUAAAGACUAACAACAUCCUUCUUGAUGAUAAUUUCUGCGUCAAAGUUGCUGAUUUUGGGCUUUCCCGGCUGUUUCCUAAUGAUGUUAGCCAUGUCUCAACAGCUCCUCAAGGGACACCGGGCUACGUUGACCCAGAAUAUCGCCAAUGCUACCAGCUUACUAGUAAGAGUGAUGUCUACAGCUUUGGGGUUGUCCUCAUGGAGCUUAUAUCAUCACUGCCAGCCGUUGAUGUAUUUAGGCAUAAUCAUGAAAUUAAUUUGGCUAAAUUAGCUGUAAACAAGAUUGAAAAGUGUGCAUUCCAUGAGUUGAUCGACCCAUAUCUUGGAUUUGAGUCAGAUGAGGGAAUUAGAACAAUGACCAUUUUGGUGGCAAAGUUAGCUUUUCAAUGUCUACAACAGGACAAGGAAAUGAGGCCUUCCAUGGAUGAGGUAUUGGAGGCUUUAAAGAAGAUUCAAAGUGGUAAGGAUGCGCAUGAGGAUCAAGAGAUGGCAUAUGAUGAUGCUGGGAUCCUUAAUGUACAGAAACCAGCUUCACCCGAUCAUGAUGAGGUUCAUGUGUUAAGGAAUAAGCGGCUGCCACUUUUACCUGAGGAUGUAACCGAUUUUUGGACUAGUAGGUCUACUACACCUAAUGUCAGGAGUACUUUUUAGCUACUCUCAUAUCACAAUGAAUGGUACACCCUCCUCUCACAUUUAUUGUAAACUCAUUAAAUUUAUGGUGGAAUCCACCAUAAAUAUAAGAGGUGAGAGCACAAUUUCACUAUAUACUAGGAGUACCUAAGUAUUUUCCCUAAUGUCAAUGGUUAAAAUUUCAUUUUCUUUU